AUGGGGUGGUGGUCCUGUGUUAGGAGUGCCAUUCCCUUGGCAGCAAUGGUAACAGUGGAGUGCACUGACGUGGGAUUGUCAACAAUAACCAAAGCAGCCAUGACAGAAGGGAUGAGCAGCUUCGUGUUUGUUGUUUACAAUAAUGCUCUCGGCACCAUCAUCCUUCUCCCCUUUGUUGUUGUCAGAAGGGGAGGAGCUCCUCUGACUCUCUCUCUGCUUAGUAGAUUCUUCCUCAUCGGUUUAAUUGGGAGUGUGGCACAGAUGCUUUCAUUUUCUGGUCUCAACUACAGUUCUCCAACUCUUUCAUCUGCAUUGGGCAAUCUUAUUCCCAUAUUUACAUUUCUCCUUGCAAUCAUAUUCAGGAUGGAAAAACUGGAUCUAAGAGGCUCAGGCGGUCUAGCUGUCUCUUUGGGUGCUGUGGUAGCAGUGUCAGGGGCAUUCAUAGUCACCCUCUACAAGGGUCCACAAAUCCUGAUGGUUUCUUCCCCUUCUAAUUUUGCUCAUCAUCAUCUCUAUUCACAAGUAUCGAACUGGGUCCUUGGAGGCAUUUUUCUCUCAAUGACUUCCAUUCUAACUGCAAUCUGGAACAUCUUAAUGGCAAUAUUUGGGGGAGUUUUCCGCAAUGGUAUUCAUACCUGGUGCUUCCAGGAGAAAGGGCCCGUGUUCGUAGCCAUGUUCAGGCCCUUGGGGAUAGCAAUUGCAGUGUUCAUGGGCGUCGCAUUCCUUGGUGAUACCCUUUAUCUUGGCAGAAUACUUGGGUCAAUUAUAAUUGUUGUUGGAUUUUACGCUGUACUGUGGGGAAAGGCGAACGAAUUGAGCUUGAAUGAUGAUAAUGUUGUCGAGGGCUUGGAAUCAUGCUCACAGAAGACCCCUUUUUUAGAGAACAAUUCUCAGGGAGAAAUUUAGAGAUGAGCUUCUUAUAUCAUCCGUAUAAAUGAACUGAUGCGAAAAUGUUCAAGGUAUCAAUUAUCUCUGGAGAGAACGAUACACGCAUAACUUGCACAAUCAUACCAUUCAGUGUCAUAUGAUUUCAUCCUCUACCCUUGAAAUUAUUUCCCUCUUUCUUCCCUACUGCUCUCUCUCUCUCCCUCCUCUUUUAAUUCCUCUUUUUUCCAUCUAAUAGACAGACUUUGGAAGGGCGAAGGAUGGAAAAAAGAGAUAGAAGAGGAGAAAUAUUAUUAAAAUCUUUUUGAGUUAGGUUAUGAGAGAUAAAUCCCUUAGUUUAGGUGGGCAUAAAUUAGUUCAGGUAUUUUUGAACCGUUGAACU